AGGGGCGGGCGCGGCGCCGGGAGCCCGAGAUGGUGGGCGCCGGGGCGCGCGGGGCGCCGCUGCUGCUGCCGCCCUCGCUGCUCCUGCUCCUGCUGCUGCUGCUGCGGGGCGCGGCGGGCGGCCUCGCCGACAGCGUCAUCUGGGCCGUCAAUGCAGGCGGCGAUGCCCAUGUGGACGUGAACGGCAUCCACUUCCGCAAGGACCCGCUGGAGGGCCGCGUGGGCCGAGCUUCUGACUACGGGAUGAAGCUGCCGAUCUUGCGGUCCAACGCGGAGGAUCAGAUUCUGUACCAGACUGAGCGCUACAAUGAGGAAACCUUUGGCUAUGAAGUUCCCAUCAAAGAGGAGGGUGACUAUGUGCUGGUGUUGAAGUUUGCAGAGGUCUAUUUUGCACAGUCACAACAGAAGGUGUUUGAUGUUCGCUUGAAUGGCCACGUGGUGGUGAAGGACUUGGACAUUUUUGACAGAGUUGGACACAGCACAGCUCAUGAUGAAAUCAUUCCCAUGAGUAUCAAAAAGGGGAAACUGAGUGUCCAGGGAGAGGUCUCCACAUUCACAGGGAAGCUCCACAUUGAGUUUGUAAAGGGCUACUAUGACAAUCCAAAAAUCUGUGCCCUAUACAUCUUGCAAGGAACAGUGGAAGAUGUUCCAAAGCUGCAGCCGCACCCGGGUCUGGAGAAAAAAGAGGAAGAUGAUGAUGAAGAUGAAUAUGAUGAUGGCUCCAGUGUUAAAAAACAGGCAAAUAAGAACCGGGUUCAGUCAGGCCCACGCACACCAAACCCCUAUGCCUCGGACAACAGCAGCCUCAUGUUUCCUAUAUUGGUGGCCUUUGGUGUCUUCAUUCCUACCCUCUUCUGCCUCUGCCGAUUGUGAGAGCAAGCCCCACAGAGCAUCAGCCAAGGGGCUGGGAGGGAAGGAGUUGGACCAAACACAGUUGCUUUCAAUUUCUCCAUUAUGUUCAUAAUUUAAGGAAAAAAAAAAAAAAGAAAAAAAAAAAAAGAAAGAUGAUUCAUUUGAAAUGAAUAGCAGGUCCAGGUAAGAGGGAGCUUACCUUCCCCCUGCCAGCAAGCAGCGAGGCCCUUGCCUUCCCCUUCGCACCAUGUGCAGCCUCCAGUCCUCCCUGGGGCAUCCAAGAGUAAACUGAGUCCUGGCUCUCAGUGUAUGGGGCUGUUGGAAGCUGAUGUUAGCAGUCCUGGGCCAUAUCCCACACUGAGAGAAAGUCAUGUGCUGCAAGAUCUCUGCCUUUGCUGGAUGGAAUACAGUUCCUUAAGCAGGGAACCAGCUCCUAAAAACAGGCCUGGGUACACAUUUUGUCCAGGAGCUUGGAGGUGUUGUGGUGCCAUUGGGUGACUAAUGACUAUGGAGGAUGGAGCCUGGCUCUGCAUCUCCCUGAAUGUGUGCAACACAAUGUGUGGUACUUGCUGCAUAAAGAUACCAAGACUCCAGCUAGCUGCUCAGCCUCUGUGGAGACUUUCCCCUCCUAAGAGUGCCAGCUGUGCCAGGAGCAGAGGCAUUUAUCUGGCCUGAUUUGCUGCACCAGUUGGGAGAGACUUUCCUAGUUUGGCAAUUGUAAUGUUGGAUCCAUUGCAGAGGGAUUCUGCUGUAGCCUGUGAAAGGCUGAUGUUGUUAGCAUCUGAUCAGAUGCACUUGUUUUCUGUAUUGAUUAUGGCUUUUGUUUCCUUUGAUCUCCUUUUCAAAGGUAUAAUGUUAAGCCCAGUUCCUUGUUUUGCCCUUUGUAGCAAGUGACCUCUCCUUUGGAAGAAGCUGAGAAUUAGAUGAUUCUGGACUUGUUCUUUGGCUUUCCCAAUGGUUAGCUUCCCUCCCUGCACUGGGAAUGUGAACAACCUGUGCUGUAGAACAGAGUGGAUGCUCCCUGUGAGCUCUUCUUCCCUGUUGCAGGAUCCAGGCCUGCCAGCAAUGGGAAGUGCAGUGGAGUUGGUUGGUGUCUGCAGUUAGCUCAGCCUUUUGGGUGUCAAGGCACUGUGGUGAAGAGGCAGAUGUCCAUCAUGUCAGUAUGGUAGAGUAAGGUGGUUUGUUGUCCUCCAGAGAUCUGGAAGUGAGCAGAAUGCUGGAGACAAGGUCAUCCUCUUUCCCCAGGGGUAUUUCUGCAGGAGGUUUCUGUUUCCACAGGCAGAGCCCAUGCCAGCCUGACAGGCUGAGCAGAGCAAAAGCCCUCACUGUGCCUGCUGAUCCAGAGCUGCUGGUCCCUGGGCCCAAGUUUUCCAAGUGGUUGUUUUUGUGUUUGAUCCCUUGCAGUGGCUCUGCCUGUCUGAAAAAGAUCAGGAGAAUUCCCUAGUUUCUGGAAAGGAAAUUGAAGGAACAGCCUUUCUACUCUGCCCAAAAAGCUGAAGCCUUCACUUUCUCCAAACCUUCAAGCUGUGAAAGGAGCUGUCAGCUCCUCAGCUCCAGAACAGGGGCUGGAGGCAGGUGACAAAGCACUGCUCUCUGCAGCAGUGGCACUGAGCCUCACCUCUCUGAUCACAUACAUCACUGCUAUAGGCCUGACCUCAAUUCUGUGAGCUAAAAAGUAGGACCUUAAUUACCUCCGCUCCAGUUCCAUGAGUGGUAACAGCCAGUUUGUGAGAAACAAGAGGGCCCCAGCCACACCAGAAGGAGGGGAAGCAGAUCUUAAGAACAAACCUUAGGAUGAAAAGGUGGUGAGCUUGAAGUUGUCUCCUUCAUCUUUUAGCUGCUGUUAAAAUCCUAGUACUUAAAAAACUCUUAUAAAACGAGCUCUGUUUUGUUUGGUGGCAGUGCCUGCAGAGAUUCUCCAGUAUUUUUGGGAUUGCUUUAACUGGAGCAUAGAGACAUUUAGAUCUUAUCAGUUUUGAGAAGCAUAAACUGCUGAUUUGUUAAGCAAAAACCUGAGCUUGAAAGUAGGCUUCUCUGUCAGGAGCCGUUUUCCUCCAGGCCUUUUAUUUGAGCAUCCUUGGAGCAAGGAAUCACUCGGCUUCUUGUGGCUCACCCAGUAAUCUCUGCACCUUGGAUAGCAUGAGAAAAAGGGUGUGCAUUUAGAUGUUGGAGGCAAGACUUCUAGGAUAGUUUACCCCUGCUUCUCCUGGCAGCCAGGCCACCCAUUUGGUGCCAUUAUCCACCCUAAAGCAAAGCAGUGCAGGGUGUCAUCUGUUGUGUUCCAGUUGUUGGGUUCAGAUGGAUUGGUCUUAUUUGAAUAAGAAUAGGGAGGAGGAAUAGUUCCUCCUUUGUGGUUACAGUUUAGUUGUUUUGGCUCUGUUUUUAUGCAUCUCUGUCACUACAAAGCUGGUGGUUGAGGGGUUCCUGACCCUGUCAUGGUGCUAUGAACAGUUUUCCAUGUUGAUCCAGGUUUGCCUUGGAAGGACCCUUCAAACAAAGUAUGUGAGAACACCAGAGGAUGUUAAGGGAUAAGGAGUUAGCACCUCACUGGAAGUUGCAUAUUCAGGCUGGCCCCCUUGUCAUCUGUCUAGCAUCUGCAAGCCAGCUAGAUGGGUGUAAUGAGGUACCUGGUCAUGACCAGGGAGAGUUUGGGUUGGCUGUAGCUUUCCAGCACAGGUUUUUGGGGAAAUAUCCAAGACAGUGUUUAACAGAGAGCAGAGGCAGCCUGUUUGUGCUUUGGUGUAUGCAGCCAGCAGCAGGCAGAUGAGGUGUGUGUCCCUGUGCAGCCUAUGGGGAGCUGGGUCAGAGCAGACCCUGGCUUGAUUCAUGGAGCAGUUGUGCAGAGAGGGAAGAUAAGGCAAUUUAUUAAAGCUCCCACUUCAUAAAAGGAAGAUUACACCAUUGAUCUUGUUUUGGGCCUGGAUCCAGCCUCAGGGUAGUGGUUCCAAAACCUAUUUUAAUUACCCCCUCAUCAGCUCCUCCUUUCUGUACCUUUUAGCCAAGCCAUUUUCCCCUUCUGUGUGUGUGUGUGACUAAAACAACAGCUCUGACCCUUUUGAGUGUCCCAGGUGGCAGUAAGCCAAAUUAAUUCCUGUCUCUUUUUGGUGCCUUCCUCAUAGGCUUUGAAUAAAAGUCUUAUUUGAAGAAGCUUCUUUUUUUUUAAGGAGCUUCAGAAUUGUUUUUCUUUUUCCCCAAGGGACAGGCAUUCCCUGCCCUUGUGAUCAACUGGGGACUGUAUCACUGUCCCUGGAUGCCAGCUCUGGAGGUCAAAGCUGAACUUUGAGCAAGUAUCUUUGGUUCCAGCCCUGGAGACCAAUGGGAAAAAGGCCCAGCAGGGCAUAGAAGAACUGGAAGAGCUCCUUCAGGUCCAGUCCCCCCCCAGAAAUCUCCCAAAGGCAGAAUGAAGAACUUCCAGACAGUCUGGUGCCUGUGUGUCUGCAGUUCAGAGCUGAAUGAGUCAUGGCUGGGUCCUAGUAGCUGUGUGAUGUUUACAGCUUCUGUGUGCAGUGUGUGGCCUGGGGGGUCCUGCCCCCCAACUCACCAAGGGCUUGCCCCACACCUUUUAGGUCUGAUCAGGGAGGAGAAACCUGUGCUUUGUUGCUUGGUCUUCCUUAUAAAUCGAAAUGGGAUUGCAACAGUCACAGAAACAAAGCCUGGGCUGAACAGGCCUGUCUUGGACAGAAAACAGCAGGAGGGGGGAGAGGACCAGCAGAGCAGCUUCAGCCCUUGAUGUGAGACAGAUUCUGAACAGCUGUGAAGCACCAAGUGUUUCAGGCUGUGUUUGGUGCUCCAAUGUGGGAGAGAUCUGUCUGCUUCUUGCACUUACGUGGCAGGGAGGGAAAUAUCCUUGCUGAGAAUCCAAGAGAAGUGGGAGCUGGGCCAGCAGUGAGAUAAUUUACCUACUGGCUCUUCUGCAUCUCCACAACAAAUGCCAAAGUCUAAUACAAUUCAAGGAUGCUUUUUUGAACAUCAGCCUGGUUCCACCAGUCUGUCCUCACUGGCUAGUCUCAAAUAGGCUCAGACAAGUAUUCUUGAUGGCACAAACACAACACCAGGCUGGAGCUGUGAAGGCUCAGAGACGUGAUUCCAUUAACAGGCCUCCUGUGCUACACCCCUGCUUCACACGCUGCCCAGCGGGGCUGGGGCUCGUGUGUUUCACCUUGGAUCCCAAAUGGAUUUGUCCCAGGAGUAUAGUAGCACCCACAGGGAAGUGGUGCUGGGCUGGAUGGGAGAGGUGAAAGCAGGUCCAUGUCUUCCGGGACUCUGGCUUGCUCAGAGUUUAUUGCUGUAUAUUAAAUACUAUUUUUGGAGACUAGGUUGGGGGGAAGAUGUGGGAGGGGGAGGGAUGUUGUGGCACUGUCCCCAGGCUGAUCAGUGGAACACUACUGCAAGUUAUGGAUAGGUUUUGAUUUUUUUUUCCCCAAAAAGUGCUCUAUUAAAAAAAAAGAAAAAAAAGGGAAAAAAUAAUCAACAAGACAGAAGUGCUUUUCUCCCUCCUAGCAACAGUGCUGGAUGAUUAGAAAAUGUGAAUAAUCUUUUGCAAACAUCAAAGGUCUCAGCUAAAGAGUUUGUGUGAUGGAGAUUUCAAGGCAAGGGGCGAAGUACAGCUUGAACCAGUUUGACUGGGGAGAGUGUGAACCUAGGAAAUGUGGGAUCUCUGCCCCGGAGUUGUUCCCAGUCACAUGCAGUGCGGGUGUGCUUGCCUCUGCUACAAUGGCUGUUCUGUCACACUUAACAGCUCCUCAGCUAGGGCACUUGAGUGGAGCUGCGUCUGGAAACUUGCUGCCAAGUGGGGGGUCUUGAUUUUUUGUCAUGGUUUCUAUGGGGUUUUUGUGUGCUUAGGGCUUUCCCCCUUGAGAAACAGCCAGGUUAGUGAAGCAGUCCCAGAGCAGAGGAAGGAUUUGUGCUUUGUGCCAGGAGGCAGUAGCUAGAACUGCAAGUUGCUGGGCAGGUGACAGUGAUGUUUGAAUCCCAUGGUUGUAGCAGCUUUUAGCAUUGGCAGAUGGUCCCAGUACUCCUUAGUGCUGGGAUGUGUGGAAGUGACCUGUGCUGCUUGCAUUAAGGGCGUGUCACAGACUACUGUACGCUGCAGGUCUAAGUUGUCUGUAAAGGCUAAACAGUGUGGGGGGAAAUCUCCAUCUGUACUUGCUGCCAGUACAAAGAGUUUUUCAGGAGGACUUUUUAUUUUACUGUCCAUUGCUUUGUGUUUUAACAACUUGCAGUGACAUUUUUUCUGUUUGUUUUGCAGCAAGCUUGGGCCCUGGGUGAAAAGCACAGAUGCCUAUUUCUGAUUGCAUUGGCUUUGCAGGGACUAGUUUGGGGGAAAAGAUGUGUGUGGGGGUGGGUUAUUUUAUUUUUGGUACACAGUAGCGGUUUUAUUUUUUAAUUUCCCCAGGAUGCUUGGUUGAGGGAAUGUUCUGAAAUCUACUGUCUGGCAGUUUUAACCAGCAGUGUGUUAAAGGAAAAUAAACAAAACUAUAUUGUCA